GACUACUUGACUCUAUUAAAUUAAACAUUAUAAAGAAAUUUAUAAAGAAAUUUUUUUAUUCUUUAAAUUCCACCAUUUUAAAAAAUUUUCCUUCCCCAAAAAAAAAUAUUCAAAUGUUACAUCAACAAUGCAUUACAGAACAACCUCAAUUAACGAGAUAUGCCGAAUUUGCCGAUAAACGAAACGAGAAUAGCUAUUGUCCUUUCAAUUGUUGUCUAUGUCCAGCUUUUAGUUGCUCUAGAAGUUACGCUAAUUGUUGCAAUGAUUGUCACCUAACAGAUUGUCUGAGAUAUUUAGGGGUUAUCUGUUGUUGUUGCUCAUUAGUUUCUGAACUGAUUUCUGCCUGUGACAACUCUGGUUGAGAUUGUAGAGGAUUAGAUUGUGGGGGUGGUUGUGAUAUUUGUUGUCCAUAUAUAAACCAAGGAUGUCACGGGUUGAGGAAAGUUUCAAAUCAAAAUUUCCUUUGGAUCAUGUUUCGAUCGGAAAAAGUCCGCGUCUCAGAUCGCGUUUCAUAUUGAGUCAGUUAGAGGAUUAAGAAAAGUCGGUUGGGUCUUGGAGAAUUUUUUGGAACCCGUGACGUCCCUAAUAUAAACACAUUUCUCGAUUAAUUUUUAGAAAUGUAGUUCUGGAAAUUUAUAUUCAUUAUUUUGUUGUGAUCAGUUUGCAUUCUCAUUUUUAUCCAAUUCAUAAAGAGAAAAUUUCUUUAAUUCCAAAAUGUUCGGUAAUUGUUAGUU